UGAUGUAAAUAUUAAACCAUACAGAAGCACUGUACGUUACGGUGGACCUGUGACAAUAGAAUGUACAGUGAGGUCAGGUAUACCUGUCAAGGAAGUCACAUGGUAUCGAGUCCAAGGUGAUUCAAGGACACCUGUUGUAGUAGAUGGUAGAAAAUACAGUGGUUCUACAGUACGUGUACCCUCUCUUACCAUAAACAAUGCAGACUUCCAAGAUGAAGGUACCUAUGUAUGUACUGCAGAGAACGCUGCUGGUGUAGGAUCAAGUCCUAAUGGUGAUAUUGAUGUAACUGGAGCUGUUCCCGCUGUGACAGUUCCUAAGAGUGAAUACACUGGUGAUUUGGGUACAGAGGUAACUCUUGAAUGUGAUGUUGUCGCAAAUCCACCUGAAACCACCGUCUAUUGGAGAAGGGAGGACCGAGGAGAAAUGGUGGAUGUCGACACCAGGUCUGCACGUUUCUCUCGUGCGUCUCCCAGCUCGCCAUCUCUGACUAUCAGAAAUCUGGAUACCUCAGAUACCGGAAUGUAUCAAUGUUUUGCUGAUAAUCCUGUUGGAACUGGACAAAGUCAACAGACGUCUCUUAGAGUACUUUUACCAAUCACUCUUCCAACAACUGAUAAGCCAUGUGGUCAAGCCCAAGUUGAUAUUGUUAUUAUUUUGGACUCUUCGACCAGUGUUGGUGAUGCUAACUACCAGAAAAUGAAGGAUUUCUGUAAAGAUUUCUUAAAGAAUGCUGAUUUAGAUUCUGGUAAUAUACAGGUUGGAAUAGUUUCAUACAGUACUGGCGUCCAUAUUGAAUUCCAAAUGAAUGACUACAGCACAUCACAAGACAUAAUGAAUGCUAUUGAUGCCAUUCCAUAUAGAUAUGGAAGUACAAACACUGCCGAUGGGUUGAGAACAAUGCGUUCACAAAUGUUUACUUCUCGUAAUGGGGAUCGUGAUGGUGUGCCAAAUGUUGUUAUUAUAUUAACUGAUGGUGUGUCAAAUAUUAAUUCACGAAGAACCAUUCCUGAGGCAGAGCAGGCUCGUGCCGCAGGAAUUCAUAUCUAUGCUGUUGGUAUUGGUUUAAGAGAUACCCGUGAAUUGGAUGCCAUGGCAUCUGAACCAGCCUCAGAAAACAGCUUCAAUGUACAAAGCUUUGAUGAAUUGGCGGUUUUGAGUGACCAAGUUUUCCAAGCUUUCUGUCCAGUUGCCACCACAGUGAAACCACAGGAAACCGGAUACGAUUUGGUCGUUAUUCUUGAUUCUUCCGUUUCCCAAGAAUAUUUUGAUUGGAUGACAACAUUUACCAAAAAUCUUGCUGAUACAGUUAGUAUCGAUGAUGACGAAUUUAGAGUUGGUUUGUUGAGAUAUAGCACAGAUUCUAAUGUUCAAUUCAAUCUGAAGGACUAUCAGUCCAGUGGUGAUGUCCAGAAUGCUGUUGACCAGGUAGGAUACCGAGGGGGAAUAACAAACACAGCACAGGCCAUAGAUACUGCUAGAACCCAGAUGUUCAGACCUGACCAGGGUGAUCGUGACUAUGCCAGAAACUUCAUAUUGCUGAUAACUGGUCAGGAUAAGAGUUUGAGCACAAAUGAUGCGUGGCGAGCGGCAGAGAGGGCAGAGACAGACGGAAUCCAGUUAUAUGUUAUGGGAUUGAAUAUUAAUGAUCGUGAGGAGCUGGAUGAGACCUCUUCUCAUCCUUUGAACACCUAUCAAUAUUUAACAAGGAGCGAGAGGGAGCUUGCUGAAGUUCCCACACAAAUUUAUGCUGAUCUUCUUGGUAUGGCAAAGAAUCCACCUCCAAUGAGACCAAGACCAGUUAAACCUGAUGUCGAUAUCAAACCAUACAGAAGCACUGUACGUUAUGGAGGACCUGUGACAAUAGAAUGUACAGUGAAAUCUGGUAUACCUGUCAAGGAAGUCACAUGGUAUCGAGUCCAAGGUGAUUCAAGAACACCUGUUGUAGUAGAUGGUAGAAAAUACAGUGGUUCUACAGCACGUAUACCCUCUCUUACAAUAAAUAGUGCAGACUUUCAAGAUGAAGGUACCUAUGUAUGUACUGCAGAGAAUGCUGCUGGUGUAGGAUCUAGUCCUAAUGGUGAUAUUGAUGUUACUGGAGCUCUUCCAACUGUGACAGUUCCGAAAAGAGAAUAUUCUGGUGAUUUGGGUACAGAGGUAACAUUGGAAUGUAAUGUUGUGGCAAAUCCACCUGAAUCAACCGUCUACUGGAGGAGAGAGGACCGAGGAGAGAUGGUUGAUGUCGACACGAGAUCUUCACGUUAUUCUCGUGCUUCUCCUAGUUCACCAUCUCUGACUAUCAGGAAUCUGGAUACCUCAGAUACAGGAAUGUAUCAAUGUUUUGCUGAUAAUUCUGUUGGAACUGGACAAAGUCAACAAACUUCUCUCAGAGUACUUUUACCAAUCACUCUUCCAACAACUGAUAAACCAUGUGGUCAAGCCCAAGUUGAUAUUGUUAUUAUUUUGGACUCUUCAACCAGUGUCGGUGACGCUAACUACCAGAAAAUGAAGGAUUUCUGUAAAGAUUUCUUAAAGAAUGCGGAUUUAGAUUCUGGUAACAUACAGAUUGGAAUAGUUUCAUACAGUACUGGCGUCCAUAUUGAAUUCCAAAUGAAUGACUACAGCAACGCACAAGACAUAAUGAAUGCUAUUGAUGCCAUUCCAUAUAGAUAUGGAAGUACAAACACUGCUGAUGGUUUAAGAACAAUGCGUACACAAAUGUUUACUUCUCGUAAUGGGGAUCGUGAUGGUGUGCCUAAUGUUGUUAUUAUAUUAACUGACGGUGUGUCAAAUAUAAAUUCACGAAGAACCAUUCCUGAGGCAGAACAAGCUCGUGCAGCAGGAAUUCAUAUUUAUGCUGUUGGUAUUGGUUUAAGAGAUACCCGUGAAUUGGAUGCCAUGGCCUCUGAACCAGCUUCAGAAAACAGCUUCAAUGUACAAAGCUUUGAUGAAUUGGCAGUUUUGAGUGACCAAGUCUUCCAGGCCUUCUGUCCAGUUGCCACCACAGUGAAACCACAAGAAACUGGUUAUGAUUUGGUUGUUAUUCUUGAUUCUUCCGUUUCACAAGAAUAUUUUGAUUGGAUGACAACAUUUACCAAAAAUCUUGCUGAUACAGUUAGUAUCGAUGAUGACGAAUUUAGAGUUGGUUUGUUGAGAUAUAGCACAGAUUCUAAUGUUCAAUUCAAUCUGAAGGACUAUCAGUCCAGUGGUGAUGUCAAGAAUGCUGUUGACCAGGUCGGAUACAAAGGGGGAAUAACAAACACAGCACAAGCCAUCGACACUGCUAGAACCCAGAUGUUCAGACCUGACCAGGGUGAUCGUGACUAUGCCAGAAACUUUAUAUUGUUGAUAACUGGUCAGGAUAAGAGUUUAAGUACAAAUGAUGCUUGGCGAGCGGCAGAGAGAGCAGAGACAGACGGAAUCCAGUUAUAUGUUAUGGGAUUGAAUAUUAAUGAUCGUGAGGAACUGGAUGAAACCUCUUCUCAUCCUUUGAAAACCUAUCAGUAUUUAACAAGGAGUGAGGGAGAACUAGCUGAAGUUCCUCCACAGAUUUAUGCUGAUCUUCUUGGAAUGGCAAAGAAUCCUCCUCCAAUGAGACCAAGACCAGUGAAACCUGAUGUAGAUAUUAAACCAUACAGAAGCACUGUACGUUAUGGAGGACCUGUGACAAUAGAAUGUACAGUGAAAUCUGGUAUACCUGUCAAGGAAGUCACAUGGUAUCGAGUCCAAGGUGAUACAAGGACACCUGUUGUAGUAGAUGGUAGAAAAUACAGUGGUUCUACAUUACGUGUUCCCUCUCUUACCAUAAAUAGUGUAAAUAAUCAAGAUGCAGGUACCUAUGUAUGUACUGCAGAGAACGCUGCUGGUGUAGGAUCAAGUCCUAAUGGUGAUAUUGAUGUUACUGGAGCUGUGCCCGCUGUGACAGUUCCAAAGAGUGAAUACACAGGUGAUUUUGGUACAGAGGUAACUCUGGAAUGUGAUGUUGUCGCAAAUCCACCUGAAACCACCGUCUAUUGGAGAAGGGAGGACAGAGGAGAAAUGGUGGAUGUGGACACCAGGUCUGCACGUUUCUCUCGUGCCUCUCCGAGCUCACCAUCUCUGACUAUCAGAAAUCUUGAUACCUCAGAUACAGGAAUGUAUCAAUGUUUUGCUGAUAAUCCUGUUGGAACUGGACAAAGUCAACAGACGUCUCUCAGAGUACUUUUACCAAUCACUCUUCCAACAACUGAUAAGCCAUGUGGUCAAGCCCAAGUUGAUAUUGUUAUUAUUUUGGACUCUUCGACCAGUGUUGGUGAUGCUAACUACCAGAAAAUGAAGGAUUUCUGUAAAGAUUUCUUAAAGAAUGCUGAUUUAGAUUCUGGUAAUAUACAGGUUGGAAUAGUUUCAUACAGUACUGGCGUCCAUAUUGAAUUCCAAAUGAAUGACUACAGCACAUCACAAGACAUAAUGAAUGCUAUUGAUGCCAUUCCAUAUAGAUAUGGAAGUACAAACACUGCUGAUGGUUUGAGAACAAUGCGUACUCAAAUGUUUACUUCUCGUAAUGGGGAUCGUGAUGGUGUGCCUAAUGUUGUUAUUAUAUUAACUGACGGUGUGUCAAAUAUAAACUCACGAAGAACUAUUCCUGAGGCAGAACAAGCUCGUGCAGCAGGAAUUCACAUAUAUGCUGUUGGUAUUGGUUUAAGAGAUACCCGUGAAUUGGAUGCCAUGGCCUCCGAACCAGCCUCAGAAAACAGCUUCAAUGUACAAAGCUUUGAUGAAUUGGCAGUUUUGAGUGACCAAGUUUUCCAAGCUUUCUGUCCAGUUGCCACCACAGUGAAACCACAAGAAACCGGAUACGAUUUGGUCGUUAUUCUUGAUUCUUCCGUUUCCCAAGAAUAUUUUGAUUGGAUGACAACAUUUACCAAAAAUCUUGCUGAUACAGUUAGUAUCGAUGAUGACGAAUUUAGAGUUGGUUUGUUGAGAUAUAGCACAGAUUCUAAUGUUCAAUUCAAUCUGAAGGACUAUCAGUCCAGUGGUGAUGUCCAGAAUGCUGUUGAUCAGGUCGGAUACAAAGGGGGAAUAACAAACACAGCCCAAGCCAUAGAUACUGCUAGAACCGAGAUGUUUAGACCUGACCAGGGUGAUCGUGACUAUGCCAGAAACUUUAUAUUGCUGAUAACCGGUCAGGAUAAGAGUUUGAGUACAAAUGAUGCUUGGCGAGCGGCAGAGAGAGCAGAGACAGACGGAAUCCAGUUAUAUGUUAUGGGAUUGAAUAUUAAUGAUCGUGAGGAACUGGAUGAGACCUCUUCUCAUCCUUUGAACACCUAUCAAUAUUUAACAAGAAGUGAGAGGGAACUGGCUGAAGUUCCUCCACGGAUUUAUGCUGAUCUUUUAGGAAUGGCAAAGAAUCCACCUCCAAUGAGACCAAGACCAGUGAAACCUGAUGUAGAUAUUAAACCAUAUAGAAGCAGUGUAGGUUAUGGAGGACCUGUCACAAUAGAAUGUACAGUGAAAUCUGGUAUACCUGUCAAGGAAGUCACAUGGUAUCGAGUCCAAGGUGAUUCAAGGACACCUGUUGUAGUAGAUGGUAGAAAAUACAGUGGUUCCACAGUACGUGUACCCUCUCUUACAAUAAGCAAUGCAGACAAUCAAGAUGCAGGUACCUAUGUAUGUACUGCUGAGAACGCUGCUGGUGUAGGAUCAAGUUCUUAUGCUGAUAUUGAUGUUACUGGAGCUCUUCCCACUGUGACAGUUCCAAAACGAGAAUACACAGGUGAUUUGGGAACAGAGGUUACUCUAGAAUGUGAUGUUGUUGCGAAUCCUCCUGAAUCCACUGUCUACUGGAGAAGGGAGGACCGAGGAGAGAUGGUUGAUGUCGACAGCAGGUCCUCACGUUUCUCUCGUGCCUCACCGAGCUCACCAUCUUUGACUAUCAGGAAUCUGGAUACCUCAGAUACAGGAAUGUAUCAAUGUUUUGCUGAUAAUCCUGUUGGAACUGGACAAAGUCAACAGACGUCUCUCAGAGUACUUUUACCAAUCACUCUUCCAACAACUGAUAAACCAUGUGGUCAAGCCCAAGUUGAUAUUGUUAUUAUUUUGGACUCUUCGACCAGUGUGGGUGAUGACAACUACCAAAAAAUGAAGGAUUUCUGUAAAGAUUUCUUAAAGAAUGCUGAUUUAGAUUCUGGUAAUAUACAGGUUGGAAUAGUUUCAUACAGUACUGGCGUCCAUAUUGAAUUCCAAAUGAAUGACUACAGCACCUCACAAGACAUAAUGGAUGCUAUUGAUGCCAUUCCGUAUAGAUAUGGAAGUACCAACACUGCCGAUGGUUUGAGAACAAUGCGUUCACAAAUGUUUACUUCUCGUAAUGGGGAUCGUGAUGGUGUGCCUAAUGUUGUAAUUAUAUUAACUGAUGGUGUGUCAAAUAUAAACUCCCGAAGAACCAUUCCUGAGGCAGAACAAGCUCGUGCAGCAGGAAUUCAUAUUUAUGCUGUUGGUAUUGGUUUAAGAGAUACUCGUGAAUUGGAUGCCAUGGCCUCUGAACCAGCCUCAGAAAACAGCUUCAAUGUACAAAGUUUUGAUGAAUUGGCAGUUUUGAGUGACCAAGUUUUCCAAGCCUUCUGUCCAGUUGCCACCACAGUGAAACCACAAGAAACUGGUUAUGAUUUGGUUGUUAUUCUUGAUUCUUCCGUUUCCCAAGAAUAUUUUGAUUGGAUGACAACAUUUACCAAAAAUCUUGCUGAUACAGUUAGUAUCGACGAUGACGAAUUUAGAGUUGGUUUGUUGAGAUAUAGCACAGAUUCUAAUGUUCAAUUCAAUCUGAAGGACUAUCAGUCCAGUGGUGAUGUCCAGAAUGCUGUUGAUCAGGUCGGAUACAAAGGGGGAAUUACAAACACAGCACAGGCCAUCGACACUGCUAGAACCCAGAUGUUCAGACCUGACCAGGGUGAUCGUGACUAUGCCAGAAACUUUAUAUUGUUGAUAACUGGUCAGGAUAAGAGUUUGAGUACAAAUGAUGCUUGGCGAGCGGCAGAGAGAGCAGAGACAGACGGAAUCCAGUUAUAUGUUAUGGGAUUGAAUAUUAAUGAUCGUGAGGAACUAGAUGAGACCUCUUCUCAUCCUUUGAAAACCUACCAAUAUUUAACAAGGAGUGAGAGGGAACUGGCUGAAGUUCCUCCCCAAAUUUAUGCUGAUCUUCUUGGUAUGGCAAAAAAUCCACCUCCUAUGAGACCAAGGCCAGUUAAACCUGAUGUCGAUAUUAAACCAUACAGAAGCACUGUACGUUAUGGAGGACCUGUGACGAUAGAAUGUACAGUGAAAUCAGGUAUACCUGUAAAGGAAGUCACAUGGUAUCGAGUCCAAGGUGAUUCAAGGACACCUGUUGUAGUAGAUGGUAGAAAAUACAGUGGUUCUACAGUACGUGUACCCUCUCUUACAAUAAACAAUGCAGACAAUCAAGAUGCAGGUACCUAUGUAUGUACUGCUGAGAACGCUGCUGGUGUAGGAUCUAGUCCUAAUGGUGAUAUUGAUGUUACUGGAGCUCUUCCCAUUGUGACAGUUCUAAAGAGAGAAUACACAGGUGAUUUUGGUACAGAGGUAACUCUGGAAUGUAAUGUUGUUGCAAAUCCACCUGAAACCACCGUCUACUGGAGGAGAGAGGACCGAGGAGAGAUGGUUGAUGUCGACACCAGAUCCUCACGAUUCUCUCGUGCUUCUCCUAGUUCACCAUCUCUGACUAUCAGAAAUCUGGAUACCUCAGAUACAGGAAUGUAUCAAUGCUUUGCUGACAAUCCUGUUGGAUCUGGACAAAGUCAACAGACCUCUCUUAGAGUACUUUUACCAAUCACUCUUCCAACGACUGAUAAACCAUGUGGUCAAGCCCAAGUUGAUAUUGUUAUUAUUUUGGACUCUUCAACUAGUGUGGGUGAUGAUAACUACCAGAAAAUGAAGGAUUUCUGUAAAGAUUUCUUAAAGAACGCUGAUUUGGAUUCUGGCAAUAUUCGUGCAGGAAUUGUGUCUUACAGUACUGGCGUCCAUAUUGAAUUCCAAAUGAAUGACUACAGCACAUCACAAGACAUUAUGGACGCUAUUGAUGCCAUUCCAUAUAGAUAUGGAAGUACAAACACUGCUGAUGGUUUGAGAACAAUGCGUACACAAAUGUUCACAACUGCCAAUGGUGAUCGUGAUGGUGUGCCUAAUGUCGUAAUUAUAUUAACUGAUGGUGUGUCAAAUAUAAAUUCACGAAGAACCAUUCCUGAGGCAGAACAAGCUCGUGCAGCAGGAAUUCAUAUAUAUGCUGUUGGUAUUGGUUUAAGAGAUACCCGUGAAUUGGAUGCCAUGGCCUCUGAACCAGCCUCAGAAAACAGCUUCAAUGUACAAAGUUUUGACGAAUUGGCAGUUUUGAGUGACCAAGUUUUCCAAGCUUUCUGUCCAGUUGCCACCACAGUGAAACCACAGGAAACCGGAUACGAUUUGGUCGUUAUUCUUGAUUCUUCCGUUUCCCAAGAAUAUUUUGAUUGGAUGACAACAUUUACCAAAAAUCUUGCUGAUACAGUUAGUAUCGACGAUGACGAAUUUAGAGUUGGUUUGUUGAGAUAUAGCACAGAUUCUAAUGUUCAAUUCAAUCUGAAGGACUAUCAGUCCAGUGGUGAUGUCCAGAAUGCUGUUGAUCAGGUCGGAUACAAAGGGGGAAUAACAAAUACAGCACAAGCCAUAGAUACUGCUAGAACUCAGAUGUUCAGACCUGACCAGGGUGAUCGUGACUAUGCCAGAAACUUUAUAUUGUUGAUAACUGGUCAGGAUAAGAGUUUGAGUACAAACGAUGCUUGGCGAGCGGCUGAGAGGGCAGAGACAGACGGAAUCCAGUUAUAUGUUAUGGGAUUAAAUAUUAAUGAUCGUGAGGAACUAGAUGAGACCUCUUCUCAUCCUUUGAACACCUAUCAAUAUUUAACAAGGAUUGAGAGGGAACUGGCUGAAGUUCCUCCCCAAAUUUAUGCUGAUCUUCUUGGAAUGGCAAAGAAUCCACCUCCAAUGAGACCUAGACCAGUGAAACCUGAUGUAGAUAUUAAACCAUACCGAAGAAGUGUACGUUAUGGAGGACCUGUGACAAUAGAAUGUACAGUGACAUCUGGUAUACCUGUCAAAGAAGUCACAUGGUAUCGAGUCCAAGGUGAUUCAAGGACACCUGUUGUAGUAGAUGGUAGAAAAUACAGUGGUUCUACAGUACGUGUACCCUCUCUUACAGUAAACAAUGCCGACUUUCAAGAUGAAGGUACCUAUGUAUGUACUGCUGAGAACGCUGCUGGUGUAGGAUCAAGUCCUAAUGGUGAUAUUGAUGUUACUGGAGCUCUUCCUGCUGUGACAGUUCCAAAGAGAGAAUACACCAGUGAUAUGGGUAAAGAGGUGACUCUUGAAUGUGAUGUUGUCGCAAACCCACCUGAAUCCACCGUCUACUGGAGGAGGAUGGACAGAGGAGAGAUGACUGAUGUGGACACAAGAUCCUCACGGUACUCUCGAGUCUCGCCAAGUUCACCAUCUCUGACCAUCAGGAAUCUGGAUACCUCAGAUACAGGAAUGUAUCAAUGUUUUGCUGAUAAUCCUGUUGGAACUGGACAAAGUCAACAGACGUCUCUCAGAGUACUUUUGCCAAUCACUAUUCCUGCAACCGCAAAGCCUUGUGGUCAGGCUAAAGUCGAUAUUGUGAUUAUAUUGGACUCCUCUACCAGUGUCGGAGAUGACAACUACCUGAAAAUGAAGAAUUUCUGUAAGGAUUUCUUAAAGAAUGCUGAUUUAGAUUCUGGCAAUAUUCGUGCUGGAAUUGUGUCCUACAGUACUGGCGUCCAUAUUGAAUUCCAAAUGAAUGACUACAACACAUCACAAGACAUAAUGGAUGCUAUUGAUGCCAUUCCGUAUAGAUAUGGAAGUACAAACACUGCCGAUGGUUUAAGAACAAUGCGUUCAGAAAUGUUCACUACUGCUAAUGGGGAUCGCGACGGUGUGCCGAAUGUUGUACUUAUAUUAACUGAUGGAGUGUCAAAUAUAAACUCCCGAAGAACCAUUCCGGAGGCAGAGCAGGCUCGUUCAGAAGGAAUUCAUAUAUAUGCUGUUGGUAUUGGUUUAACAGACACCCGUGAAUUGGAUGCCAUGGCCUCUGAACCAGCAUCAGAAAACAGCUUCAAUGUACAAAGUUUUGAUGAAUUAGCAGUUUUGAGUGAUCAAGUCUUCCAAGCUUUUUGUCCAGGAGCCACAACUGCAGCACCACUACCCAAAGGUUAUGACAUUGUUAUUGCAAUGGAUUCAUCUGUCCAACAAGAUCAGUUUGAUGGAUGGAUGAAAACUUAUGCCAAGAGAUUUGUCAACCAAAUAAGUGUUGAUGACGAUGAAUAUCGUUUAGGACUUGUACGAUUUGAUUCUGAUGCUGAUGUGCAGUUUGACUUGAAAGAUUAUAGAACAAAACAAGAUGUUUUGAAUGCUGUUGAUAAUGUCCAGUACAAGCCUGGAGGUACAACGAACGUGGCUGGGGCUUUUGAUGCGGUCAGACAAAGGAUGUUUAAAAACAAUAAAGGAGAUCGUGAUUUUGCCCGUAAUUAUAUAUUAUUGCUGACCGGUAAUGAAAGAAGUGACGAUACAAAUGGAGCUUGGGCUGCUGCAGAGCGGGCAGAGGAUGAUGGGAUUGGAAUAUACGUUGUUGGUGUUGGUAUUAACGACAGAACUGAACUGGAUGAGACGUCUUCACAUCCACUUAACACCUUCCAAUAUGUAGUUGGAGAUGAGAGAGAAUUGCAGGAUGUUCCUGUUAAGAUUGAAGAUGCUGUCAAAGGAUUACCCCAGGUAGCCCCUCCAAUGAGACCAAGACCAAGACUAAGAGACACUACAACUCCAGCUCCAGAUUGUGGCCUUUCUAAGACUGAUUUAGUGAUUGUAUUGGAUGCCUCUACCAGUGUAGGAGAAGAUAAUUUCAAAAAGAUGCUCGAGUUUUGUAAAGAUUUCUUAGCCAAUGCUGAUAUCGACUCUGGUAAUGUUCGUGCUGGAAUCCUAAGUUAUAGUACUGGUGUCAAGAUAGAGUUCCAGAUUGGUGCCCAUUCAACAACUGCAGAUAUCCGAAAUGCAAUUGAUGGAAUUAAAUAUGCUUAUGGUAGUACCAAUACUGCUGAUGCCAUCGAAACAAUGGCAACUCAAAUGUUUGGUACAUCAGCAGAUCGGGCAGAUGCUCCCAACAUUGGUAUAAUUGUCACUGAUGGUGUGUCUAAUAUAAACUCUAGAAGGACCAUCUCCGAAGCUGUGGAGGCUAGAAAAAAAGGAAUUCAUAUCUACACUAUUGGUAUCGGGUUGACAGACACUAAGGAGGUAUUUGCUAUAGCAACCCCGCCACAUGAGGAGAACAGCUUCAAUGUACAGAGUUUUGAUGAAUUACGUGGACUUGAUCAGAAGAUUUUCUCCUCAAUUUGCCCAGGCAGGUCUACUGCUGCUGCUGCUCUUACGACAACACCUAGACCAGAGCGAGUUACUACUCCUAUCCCAAUCAACAUAUUACCAACAACUGACGGAUGUGGUCUGGCUAAGGUUGACUUGGUAAUUAUCUUGGAUUCCUCUACAAGUGUUGGAGAAGGUAACUACGACAAGAUGCUACAGUUCACAAAAGAUCUCUUGGCUAACUCUGAUAUUGAUAAUGGAAAUGUACGGGUUGGAGUGGUCAGUUACAGUACAGCAGUCUCAGAACAUUUCCAGUUGAAAGAUUAUAGAACCAAAAAUGAUGUAUUUAAUGCUAUUGACAAAAUAGAUUAUAUAUACGGUAGCACAAAUACAGCAGAUGCUAUUCGUUCAAUGCGCGCCAAUAUGUUCACGGCAGGGAAUGGGGAUAGACCGGAUGUGAAAAACGUUGGUAUAAUUAUCACUGAUGGUGUCUCCAAUAUCAAUUCAAGACGGACAUUACCGGAAGCAGAGCGAGCUAGAGAUGACGGAAUUCAUGUAUAUGCCAUUGGUAUUGGUUUAUCUGAUGUUAGGGAGUUGAACGGAAUGGCUUCUCUGCCAGCUGAAGAUAAUACCUUCAAUGUGAAGAGCUUUGAUGAAUUGCGAGGUCUUGACCAGAAAAUAUUCUCAUCAAUCUGUCCAGGGGUUUUACCAACAAGACGACCAAGACCUACUCCUAGCCCAACAACAACUACAGGGUUUCGACCUAGACCACCGAGAACCACCCCUAGCACUACAACAAGAGUGUGGAUCCCACAACCAAGACCACCAAGAACCACUCCUAUCGCUACAACAACUACAGGGGCACCACGACCUAGACCACCAAGAACCACUCCUAGCACUACAACAAGAGGGGUUCCACCAACAAGGCCAACAAGACCUACUCCUAGCGCUACAACAACCACAGAAGCCAUAACAAGACCCCCUGUGGUAAUAACAACUACUGAAGCACCACAUGGAUAUGAUUUGGUUGUUGUUAUUGAUUCCUCUGUCUCCCGACAACAUUUCGAUUGGUUUAAAAAUUUUGCCAAGACUUUGCCAGACCAACUGGAUGUCGAUGGAGGAGAAUAUAGAAUUGGGCUGAUGCGAUACAGUAGAUCAGGUGACGUCCAGUUCAAUCUUGAGGAUUAUGUCAAUGAUGGCGCUGGAUUUAAACGUGCCGUAGACAGGGUGUCAUACAGAAACGAUAGAGAAACUAAUACAGAUCAGGCCAUUGAUAAAGUGAGACAACGUAUGUUUAAAAAGAGACAGGGUGAUAGAGACUAUGCCAGGAACUUCAUCUUGUUGUUGACAGAUAAUGACAAGAGCGCAGAUACCAAUAGAGUGUGGGAAGCAGCAGAGAAGGCAGAAGAUGAAGAAAUCUUUAUCUAUACUGUUGGACUGGAUAUUGGAGACCGUACAGAGAUUGACGAGACGUCAUCACAUCCCCUCAGCACUUACGAGUACUUGGUCCGAAGGGAGAGUGAUUUGUACGAACUUCCAGGACAACUUAAAUAUGCACUCAGAGAUGAACCAUUGAAGGCUCCACCAAUGAGAAGACGUCCUCGAUUGACUACAACAACAACAACAACAACAACAACAACCACAACUCCUCAGCCAACAACAACUCCAAGAACUAAUGGAUACGAUUUAGUUGUUGUUAUUGAUUCCUCUGUAUCGCAACAACAUUUCGACUGGUUUAAAAAUUUCGCCAAGACUUUGCCAGACCAACUGGAUGUCGAUGGAGGAGAAUAUAGAAUUGGUCUGAUGCGGUACAGUAGAACAGGUGAUGUCCAGUUCAAUCUUCAAGAUUAUGAUAAAAAUGGCGCUGGAUUUAAACGUGCCGUAGACAGGGUGUCAUACAGAAACGACAGAGAAACUAAUACUGAUCAGGCCAUUGAUAAAGUGAGACAACGUAUGUUUAAAAAGAGACAGGGUGAUAGAGACUAUGCCAGGAACUUCAUCUUGUUGUUGACAGACAAUGACAAGAGCGCAGAUACCAAUAGGGUCUGGGAAGCAGCUGAGAAGGCAGAAGAUGAAGAAAUCUUUAUCUAUACUGUUGGACUGGAUAUUGGAGACCGUACAGAGAUUGACGAGACAUCAUCACAUCCCCUCAGUACUUACGAGUACUUGGUUAGAAGUGAGAGCGAUUUGUACGAACUUCCAGGUCAACUGGGAAUUGCACUCAAAAACGAAUCACCGAGGGCUCCACCAAUGAGAAGACGUCCUCGGUUGACUACAACAGCAGCACCAACAACAACCACAACUCCUCGACCAACUACUACCCCAAGAGACUCAGGUUAUGAUCUGGUUGUUGUAAUGGACUCGUCUGUCAAACCAGAACAUUUCCGCUGGAUGAAAAGUUUUACUAAAUCUUUAUCCCGACAACUCAGUGUCAAUGAUGAUGAAGUUAGAAUUGGUGUUAUGAGAUACAGUACAACUGCCGAUAGACAGUUUGACUUGAACCGAUAUUCCAACAGCGAAGAGAUGGCAAGGGCUAUUGAUAGGAUAACCUACCGCCCUGGAUCAACUAACACAGCAAGGGCUUUAGAUACUGUAAGAACGAGAAUGUUACGACCACGUAAUGGCGAUAGGGACUAUGCUAGGAACUUUGUGUUGCUGUUGACGGGACAGGACAAGAGCUUGAACACUAACAAUGCAUGGAGAGCUGCUGAAAGGCUUGAAGACGAUGGCGCUGGUCUCUUUGUGAUUGGUUUGGACAUCCAAGAUGAAACUGAGCUUGACGAGCUAGCGUCACAUCCACUUUCUACGUACCAGUUCUUAACCAGGAGUGAGUCAGAACUUCUAGAACUCCCAGGACAGAUAGAUUUUGGAUUGAAAGGAAUGUCUAAAAUUCCAGACUGGCCUCCAUUCAGACAAAGACCUGUUAUUACAACUACAUUACCCCCUACAACAACAUACAAACCACGCCCACCACGCCCACCAGGAUCAUGUACUUCAGAAGCCGAUAUUAUUUUUGUUCUGGAUUCAUCUGGUAGUGUCGGGCAGUAUGACUUUUAUAAUGUUCUCAACUUCACUAACAAUGUCGUGAACGAUCUGGAGAUUGACAGUGGUAACUUCAGGGUAGGAGCUGUCACUUUCAGUGAUAACGCAAGACAAGAAUUCUAUCUGAACUCUUAUAACAAGAUGCAAGACAUCGAGAGAGCUCUGUCGAGGAUUCGUUACGUCUAUGGUUCUACCAAUACGGCUGAUGCUCUACGUAUGGUCAGAGAGACGAUGCUUACAACAUCAAAUGGAGACAGACCUGGAGUACCAAAUGUGGUUGUUAUAGUAACAGAUGGAGAAUCUAAUAUCAGACACACUGAGACUUUACCGCAAGCUAAGUUACUGAAAAACAUGGGUGCAACCUUGAUAACGGUAGCUGUUGGCUUCGAUCAAACGUCUCCAGAGUUGACUGGAUUGACCUCUGAACCUGUACAAGAUAAUUUGAUACGAGUCACAAAUUAUGAUGCACUUUCACAGCUGAGAGAAAAACUGGUGGAACCUUUAUGUAAAGAUAUUAAUUUGUGUAAUAAGAAUCCUUGUAAGAACGGUGCAGAGUGUAUCGAUGGCUUGAGGAGUUAUAGAUGUAAUUGUCCUGAUGGCUACUUUGGUGCAAACUGUGAAAAGGCUUGUUCUGGAGAAGCUGAUGUUGUCUUUAUGUUGGACUCUUCCGACAAUAUAGGCCGUCCUACUUUUGAAAGAAUGAAAAGGUAUUCUGAAACUCUUGUCAGUGAGAUGAACGUAGAAGACUGUGGUGUCAGAGUAGGAUUCAUGAAAUACAGUUCUGCACCUAUGAUCCAGUUUAAUAUGAACCGAUACACGGAUACCGAUACAAUCAACCGGGCUGUGGAUAGUAUCCAUUACACUAGUGGACGUGCCAACAUGGCCGAUGCUUUCAGAGAAGUUAGAACGAGAAUGUUUAACAACGCAGGGGAUCGUUCAGAUGUUAAAAAUGUUGUUUUCUUACUGUCCGAUGGGUCGACAGAUAUUAAGAAAGAAGAUACGAUGAUGGAAGCGGAAAUGACAAUAAAUUCUGGCAUUAGUAUUAUUCCUAUCGGUAUACAACUUCGACACAGGGAAGAAUUAGAGAAUAUUGCUACUGCACAAGGUGUUAAUGUUGAAGAGAUUAAUGAUGAUAGUGACCUUCUGGGUCUAAGUGAUCAGGUGCUGAGACCAGUCAUGGAGUUGAAAGAUUAUUGUGGAGGUAACCCCUGUGAACAUGGAGGUACUUGUCGUAGUGAUGCCCUGGGUUACAGAUGUGACUGUGUUCCUGGAUACACGGGAGAGAGCUGUAACAGAAGGUGUCAGGCCAAGGCUGAUAUUGUAUUUGCUGUGGACACUUCAAGAUAUGUCUCAAAACCACAGUUACGUCAAGUUAGAAGAUUUAUCAAAUCUAUGGUCAAAAGGAUGUCAUUCAAAAGCAGGGUGAAAGCAGGAAUUGUACAAUUUGGAAGUGCUUCUGAUGUAAAGCUUACUUUCAGGGAAAGUUUUAAGAAGAGGAAUGUGCUUAAUGCUGUCUCUUCUAUCAGGAGAAUGCCAGGUAAUCCAGAUCCAGCAGAAGCUUUACGUAAGUCCAGGAUCAGUAUACUGGAGGGUGGUGGAGAACGUGAUUACGCUCCUAACAUUGUGGUCCUAAUAACUACCAGCACAAGACAAGAAGAUGAGGUCAUUGAAGAGGCAAAUAAACUCAAACAGAAGGGAACAAAAGUUAUCGUUGUUGGUAUUGGUUUAUCAGCAUCAGAUGAAGAAUUUAUGAUGGCAGCAGUUAGCUCCCCUGUCAGUAAAUAUUUAUACCAGUCUAAAGAUGUUGCUGGAUUAACUGAUAUAUCUGACAACAUUAUGGCUUAUCUAUGUAAUGAGAAAGAUAUGUGUGAGACCAAUCCAUGUCAGAACGGCGGCCAUUGUGUUAGUGAACGCAACAGUUACUUUUGUGAAUGCAGAGAAGGUUUUGCUGGAGUGAACUGUGAUCAAACUUGUGAUGCCAAAGCAGAUGUUGCUUUCCUCAUUGAUUCCUCUGGUAGCAUUGGUCAACAUAACUUCCGACUGGUCAAAGACUUUAUUUACAAAGUUGUGGAGGAACUGACCAUUGGAAAGAGACACACACGUAUUGGAGUAGUCUCGUACAGUACAUCAGCAAGAAUGGGAUUCCAUCUUGAUGAUUAUAUUACUAAAUCUGGCGUAGAAGAUGCUAUAUCUAGUGUUGGCUAUGUUUAUGGUAACACAAACACAGCUGCUGGAAUUAAAAUGGUCAGAAGAAGUAUAUUUAACCCAUCAAGAGGGGACAGACCUGAUGCACAAAAUUUCUUGAUCAUUAUAACAGAUGGUGUAUCUAAUAUCCAUGCAGAGAACACCAUACCUGAGGCUCAGAAAGCCAAAGAAGAAGGAGUACAUGUUAUAACUAUUGGUGUGGGAUCUUUUGAUUCUGCAGAGCUGGAAGCAAUGGCUAGUGAACCCAUUGCUAAUAAUAUGCAUAUAAUUGAUGAUUUCAAUGCUUUGACACGUUUGACCACUGACUUGGUUAAAGCCACAUGUAGAGAUGAAUCAAUAUGUAACGAAAACCCUUGUUUGAAUGGCGGUGUCUGCAGUGUUGGGGUCAAUACGUUCCAAUGUGAAUGUCCAAUGGGAUACUCAGGUCUUAGGUGUGAGAAAGCCUGUUUAGACAGAAAGGAUAUUGUGUUUGUAUUAGAUUCUUCAUCCAGUGUCGGAAAAGAUAAUUUCCAAUAUAUGUUAGAUUUUGUAAAUGCAUUAGUAGAGGAAAUUGGCAGCACUUCAAACGAACACAGAUUUGCCCUUAUAACUUACAGUACUGAGGUUCAUCUAGUUUUCAGCCUCGGUAGAUAUUCUAAUGGUGAUGUUGGUAGGGUUAUUUCUACAACACGUUAUAAAGCAGGCUCAACGAAUACUGCUGGAGGUCUACGUACGGCAGCCGAUGUGUUGAAAAUGAACGGUGGCAGAAGUUCGGCUGAGGAUAUUGUAAUUCUGUUGACCGAUGGUCAGUCUAAUCUCAAUUCCAGAGAUACGAUACCAUCAGCAGAAGCUUUGAAACAGAAAGGUGUCAAAGUUAUAACUGUCGGUAUUAAGAUAGCUGACACUGACGAAAUAAAAGCGAUAGCUUCUAGUGAAAAGGAGGUAUUCAUAGCCAAAGACUUCCAAUCUCUUAAAGAUAUUAAACAAGAAAUAUCAGAAAAUUCAUGUCAAGGUAGUGGAAGAUAGUUCAGUGUGCAAUAGUUCAUAUUUCUAACAUUUAAUGAAAUUUUUUUAAUAUUUUUUAAUCUUCUGUGUAUAUACAAAGUUCUACGAAGUUUGUGUUGUAUACAUGUAUUUAUAUGUCUUUAAAUUUAGUUUCUAUAUCUAAGGUUUUUUAUUAAUGUAUCUAUUAGUUUUUCAUUUAACAAUGACAUAUUAUGAUGUUUAUUUUUUCCUUUGGAAUUAUAAUUUACAAAUUUUUGUAUAUAACAUUUGCUUAUCCAGGUUGUUUGAACAAAAAGAUUAAAAAAAUCUUAUAAAAUAGUCAAAGAAUGUAAAAAUCUUAUAAAAUUAGGUGUGAAUAAAAAAUAUGCAACAAACAAUCAAACAAAUUGAAUUUGAGAAAAAUAAUCUAAGUGACUAUUUUUUUUUUAUUUUAACCCACGGCCAAGUCUUAUAUGUAGAAUGAAGUUAU